AUGGAGAGUAAAAAUCCAGAACAGUGGUUGAAAUGGUAUGAGGAAAUAAUGAAUGGAGAGUCUGCGAAUGAAAAUGCCGAAGUAAAUGAAAUUUAUGCAGAAGAAGAUAAUGAUAGUGAGAUAGAUCAACUCCAAGAGAGUGAUCAUGGUUCGGACACGGAGCAAGAAGACGAUCCUUCGACCGAAGAAAUUAUAGAAGGUCCAACUUUUCUGGGAAAAGAUAAGAAAACCGUAUGGAGUAAGAUGCCGCCACCAAGUACUCGAACGAAAAGGCACAAUUUGGUACUUAGGAUUCCAGGACCACAAGGAUUUGCAAAAACAGCGAAAACACAUCUUGAAUGUUUUUCAAUUUUUAUAGACGAUGAGAUGAUAAACCUAAUCGUUGCAUGUACUAACAUCAAAAUAGAAGAUGUAAAAAAUAAAUUUGAGCGUGACAGGGAUGCCCGAUCGACAGAUUCUUGUGAGAUAAAGGCUCUUAUUGGAAUUCUCUAUAUAGCAGGUGUUCAAAAAUCCGGGAGGGAAAAUAUUUUAGAUCUCUGGUCUACAGAUGGUACCGGGUGUGAACAGAUAUACUUGACGAUGAGCUACAACCGAUUCAGAUUUUUAUGCCGAUGCAUAAGAUUCGAUAAUAUUCAUGAUCGACACGAACGACGACAAUUUGAUAAACUUGCUCCAAUAAGAAAUAUUUUUGAGAGGUUUGUAGAUCAUUGCAAAUAUGUUUUUGUUCCAAGCCCCUAUUUGACUAUCGAUGAACAACUUAUUGCAUUCAGAGGGCGAUGCUCAUUUAGAAUGUAUAUGCCAGCUAAACCGGCCAAGUAUGGCCUAAAGUUAUUUGCCUUAGUUGAUACUAAAACAAUGUUCACUUUAAAUUUAGAGAUAUAUCCAGGAGUACAACCAGAUGGGCCUUAUCUUCAGAGCAACUCAGCUUAUGAUGUUGUGAAAAGAAUGACUGAACCAGUUCGAAACACAAAUAGAAAUAUUACAAUGGAUAGAUGGUUUACAAGUGUACCUCUUGUUCUGGAUCUUCUAAAGGAUAAACUAACUGUGAUAGGAAGCAUAAAUUCUAAUAAACGGGAGAUUCCAAUGUAA